AUGAGAGCAGAUCCAAAUUGCGCCUUCCGGUACAAGUUGGGUCCGAAGGAAUUUCAUGGCUCACCUUUGACCCUUGCUGUCAAGCGUGAUCUUCCAAGCGUGGUACAACUAGUCUUUGCUCACCGAGCCAAUCCGGAGACGACUUACUCAAUGACUGCCGGUCGCUCUGGUGUACGUUGGAAUGGACCUGCAGUUUGCGGCACGGUGGCGCGUGGAAACUUGUCAAUGAUGCGGCUGCUGGUAGACUUUGAGGCAAAUUUGAACGGGCGGUUGAUCAAGUUCAACGGCGAGCCGAAUGUCACUCUCCUGUAUGAUGCGAGUUACUUUGGCCAUGCCCAUGUGGUCCGGUACUUGCUCCAGCAAAAGGGCAACCCGGACACCGUCGUCAGGUUUCAGGACGACAUGUCGAUCACCAAGACUGCGCUGCACAUAGCCGCCUCAUUGGGCCAUGAUGAAGUAGUUAGAGUCUUGCUGCUUGGGAAAGCGCAGAUUUCGCACGCCAUGCCAAAUGGCCCGCCGGAACUUCGAGAUGCCGUAGAUGGUUGUCAUGUGGAGGUUGUUCGCCUUCUGAUUCAAGGCAAGGCAGAGAUUUUUGGAGGAGACGUCGGCGCAAGAGGAAUCGACUACUUAUUCGAAGCCAAUAAUUCUGUUCUGGUUGCUGCGGCAGCGAAUGGUUUGAAACAAUCCCAGGGGUCAGCAACGGAUGCCAUGCUUAUCGAGGAUUUCAUUCGAUUACUGUCCACGCCGGAUGCUGAAGAGAUUGUCAAUGCAGUUUUCUGCAACUGCGAGCUGCGGUAUUGGCAAGGCGAUCGCCGACUUGUCUGGCGAACAGCAUAUGUUCCCCAUGGUGACAUGAACGUGGCUGUUGGACCUGCCAAAGAGCAUUUUGAAAAAAAGUUCCAGAGUGAGAUGGAGCGUGCUGCGUCGAAGGACGCAGAUUUAGCAGACGGGCAUCGGGAACGAGACAGCGCGGAGGAAGAGUUUUUGUCACGCUUGCUUCCUCACAGGUUUGAGAAGAUUCCGGGACAAUCGCAAAUUCCUGUAUAUAUUUACCAGUGCGUGCUACCUGGCUUGCACCGCAACCCUGAGGUGUUAUGGGUAAUCGCCUCCGGUGUGAACGAUCGCAUUUUUGACCAGCGAGGGGCCCGUGCCAUCAUUCAGCUGGCAUGGAGAGAAGCAGAAGUCUGGCAAAUCAUUGCCUUUGCACUUGAUGUCUUCAUGGCUGUUUUAUUUGCGUUGCUGGCGCUGUUGCUGAACGAUUCGCAAUGGCAGUCUGCUGCUUGGUUGCGGACACCCUGUUUGUCCGUGGCGGCCUUGAUCUGGCUCCGAAAGAUCUGCCAGGAAAUCUUAUCUUGCAUGGGCCAUUCUGCCCAUGGAAAGCUCAAGCAGCACUUUCUCUCAUUGGGGUUCGCAGGAGACGCCUUGCGAAUCAUUAUCACUGCCGUCAGCCUUGCCGGCCUGGUGGUCGAUUGGGAUUCAUUCCAGACCGAUCAAGGACUGCAGUUAGUCUUUGCAAGCACCGGAUUUCUUCGAUGGCUGCGAGUUCUGAACAAUCUAAAGGGAUUCGAGAGCACCGGCAAACCCAUGUUACCAAUCUUGCAGGCCGUACCCGCAACGGGCCCAUUCUUUUUUGUAGUUUUCUGCUGGUUCGCUGCAUUUGUUCAUCUGUACUAUUCCUUCGGGCUGGGCGUCCAUUUCUGGGAUGCCAUCACGGUCCUGUACAACCUGGGGUUCCUUGCAGAGACCUCACCUGAAAUGAGUUCUGACAGCAACAGUUGGCGUUUGAUUGUGGACCUCGUCAUCAUUGUAAUGAGCUUCAGCAUGUCGAUCAUUUUGCUCAAUGUGUUGAUCGGAGUUCUCGCCGAGAGCUACAACCGCGGAUGGGAGCAUCGCGAGCGGUUGUUCCUCCUGGAGAGAUCGCGGUUUCUGCGCAGUCACUUCACCAUGUCAUAUGCGUGGAAGAGGUGUCCAUGCCAAAGACGUCGGGUGCAAAAUGAAGAGCAGAUGGAUUAUGUUUGGUAUGCCUACCCGCGGGCGCCAUCAGCAUGGGGCGAUGUCAACUCUGACUUCGACAGUAUGGACAUGAACGUCCAUGAAAAGAUUUCGGAACUGAGACGAGAGGACCCAGGCCGCCUCAUCGAAGUGGAACACAAAGUAGAUGACAUCCGGGCUUUCGCCUCAGUUGUGCUCUCUGAGUUCGCCAGCAAGAAUCAAGCCCGCGUUGUGAUGCCGAAGGCAAGACUGGACAACUUGAUGAUGAUCCUGCGGGAGACCAGCUCCAUCAGUGAAGUUGAGCGGCAUACGCUUGGGGAGUUUCACAAGCAGCUCGGGGCUUCGCACUUUGCAUGCAUUUGCGAGGACGACACCUUCUACGUGAUCCAGCAGCCCGCGGGUGAACAGUCCGACCUUUCGGCGACAGAUGACCCUUCCUUGGAGGGGAGGCUUCGUCGCAUUCUUAUUGGCAAGGGGCUCUACCAGGACUUGAAGCAACUCCUGGAAGACAAAGCAGACCCAAACUGCCGGUUGCGUUACAAGCUCGGUCCCAAAGAGUUUGAUGGGACUCCGAUCACGCUGGCGGUCAAACUCGACAAGCCAAACAUCGUCCGACUGCUGAUUUUACACCGAGCAGAUCCUGAAUCUACAUACUCGAUGAAAGCAGGUCGGACAGGUGUGCAAUGGAGGGGUCCUGCCGUUUGUGCCACUGUUGCGAAGGGCAACCUGUCAAUGAUGAGGCUGCUGGUAGAGUAUGACGCAAAUCUUCAAGGCCGACUCAUCAGCUUCAACGAUGAGCCCAACGUCACAUUGUUAUAUGAUGCCAGCUACUUUGGACAUGCCCACUUGGUUAAGUACUUGUUGCAGCAGAGGGGCAAUCCCGAUACACAAGUGAAGUUUCAAGACGACAUGACAAUCACCAAAACUGCACUUCAAGUUUCCGCUAGCCUGGGACAUGAUGAGGUCGUGCGAGUACUCCUCGCCUCCAAAGCCCAAAUCUCGCACGGAACAGACUUUGGGCCACAAGAGCUGAAAGAUGCUGUAGACGGCUGCCAUGUGGAGGUGGUGCGUCUACUGGUUGAAGGUGGUGCUGACUUAUUUGUCGGCGAAGAGGGCAGGAGAGGUGUGGACUAUCUCUUCCAGGCAAACAACGCGGUGCUCAUUGCGGCUGCAGCAAAGGGUUUAAGAGGCUGCGAAGAGGAUGUCAUCUCCGAGAUCGGCGUCAAAGAAUUUGUUCGAUUCCUCGCCACACCAGAUGCGGAAGAGAUUCUCAGCGCUGUAUUCCGUAAGUGUGAACUUCGCUACUGGAAGAACGAGAAACGGGUCGCAUGGAAAACUGCAUAUUUGCCUCAUGGAGACCUUAACGUUGCCGUGGGACCACCAAAGAGUCACUUCGAUGACAAAUUUCACAAAGAGAUGGAGUUGGCAGCGGGCGUAAGAUCUACCAUCACGGAUAAGGAAGAUGAGCGAUUAGAGGAGGAAUUUUUUCGGCAGCUGUUGCCGCAUCGGUUCGAGAGACUGGUGCUGUAUGUUCUGGCUUCUGGAGUUAACGAUCGAGUCUUCGACGAGAAGGGCGCGCAUGCGAUCAUCAAUUUGGCGUGGCGAGAAGCAUAUCGCGCUCACUUCGUCAGCUUUUUCUUGGAUCUCAUGGUCGCAUGCCUUCUCCUGUGUCUGGCCUUUCUGCUGAAUGACUACCAUCUCGUUAGAGAUCAUGAAUGGCUGCGGUGGCCCUGUCUUACCUUGGCAGCUAUGUGCCUUGGCGGCUGUCAGACCGUCAGGGUAAUUACUUGUCAAAGCCAGCAAGCCAGCAUUGAACCUGGCGCUAUGUAUGCCUUGGGAACCUGCUGA